GCGUGCUGUGGUGCGUGUGUGUGGUUGCCCACAGUGGUGUGCUGCAGUCCGCUCCCUGCCGUUGAGUAAACUACAUGGACAUUAGCGGGAGCAGCGGCACAACCACCGAGCCAAAGUGGAUUAAAACAGCGUGCGUGCGUAGAAAGCCACUCGAUAAACGACUCUGGAAUCAAGUUAGAAAUCCUGGUGUGCAAUAGCAGGUCCGUUACACCAGUUUGCAACUGCGAAACAGCAAGGGAAAGGCUCUUAGUAAACCCAGUAGUGCGUUUGUGUGUCAGGCAGGAGGAGCGCGGCGGGAAUGGCUUCAUCUCCGUGCGGCAACAGUAACUUUGAUUCCGGUCUGGAAAUCAAAACUCGCUCUGUGGAGCAGACGCUUAUUCCUUUAGUAUCGCAGAUCACCACUCUGAUCAACCAUAAAGACAAGCCAAAGAAGUCAGAGCGCACCCUGGCAGCCAUACACAGGGUGGGUCAGGCAGUGAGUGUGGCUGUGGGACGUUUUGUCACUGUCGGGGAGGCCAUUGCCACAGAGAACCAAGAGCUCAAGGAUGAGAUGGGUCAAGCCUGCUUCGAGGCACGCAGAGCAGGUGAUGCCAUAGCCCAGCUGACCGAUGUGGGAUCAGCUUUGCCAUCCCAGUCAGAUGGACGUGUCACGGUGUUCAGUGAUAGGACAGGGAUGGUGAAGGCUGCCCGCUUGCUCCUCUCUUCAGUCACCAAAGUCCUUGUCCUGGCUGACCGCAUCGUCAUCAAACAGAUAAUCACAUCACGCAACAAGGUCCUGGUUACGCUCGACCAUCUGGAAAGAGUCAGCACCUUCCAGGAAUUUGUUCAGAUUUUCAGUCAGUUUGGCAACGAGAUGGUGGAGUUUGCCCACCUCACUGGAGACAGACAGAAUGACUUGAAGGAUGAGAAGAAGAAAGCACGGAUGGCAGCAGCCAGAGCAGUGCUGGAGAAAUGCACCAUGAUGCUCCUCACAGCCUCCAAGACUUGCCUGAGGCACCCAGAUUGCGAGUCAGCGCGGAUCAACAAGGACGCCGUGUUCCACCGGAUGCGCUGUGCCCUGGAGCAGGUCAUCGAGAUAGUCACAGAGGCACGGAGCUGUGGGGAGAACAAGAUCCUUCCUGCCAGCAUCUAUAACGGCAUCAAGGACUUCAAGUCCAGUGUGGAGUGCCUGCGGGAGAACCUGUACUCCCUGUCCCCCCAGAGCAUGGGCAGCCAGCUGGAGGCACUGGUGGAGCGAACAGAGGACUUUACUGAUUCAGCCUACACUAGCCACGAGCAGCGGCAGGCCAUCCUUGGUCUGUGCCAGCUGGCGCGUCAGGACACCCAGCAGCUGGUGAACGCCUGGGUUGAGGCGCAGUCUCUCCAUGCCAAAGAAGCCACAGAGGACAUGGAGGUGGCCAUCCUGAAGACAUGCCAGAGCAUCAGUGACCUCAGACGUGAGCUCCAUAAGGUGGCAGUCAUUCGUGCCUCUGACUUGCUCAAAGUUCACGGGGAGCAGUUGCCUCUACGGGCUCUCAAAGCAGCAGGUGCCGAGGGAAACCUGGAGGCGAUGGCGGAGUAUUCGCGCAAGCUCACCGAGCAGAAGGAGCAGCUGGUAGAGACGUGUCGGCUGCUGUGCCAUGUGUCGGGGACAGAGCCUCUGGAGAUUACCUGUGUACAUGCUGAGGAGACCUUCCACGUCAUUGGUCCACAGAUCAUCUCGGCAGCCCAGACGCUGGCCCUCCACCCGUCCAGUAAGAUCGCUAAAGAGAACCUGGAGGUGUUCUGCGAGGCCUGGGAGUCGCAGCUCUGUGACAUGGCCUUGCUACUGAGAGAGAUCAACGACAUUUUUGAAGGCAGGCGAGGAGACAAAAGACCCUAUUUGUCACUUCCCAGACCCGGGAAACACUCAGCUAACUUGAAGACUGCCAAGGCUGUCAAGUUGGAUGCAGAGGAGCAGACAAGCAUGGCCAAGCUGGGUCUGGAGCUCCGUCUGCUGUCGUCGGACGUGGACACAGAGGUGGAGAAAUGGGAGGAGCAGGAACACGACAUCGUCCGACAGAGCCAGAGCCUGGCCAGUAUGGCCUACAACAUGUACCUGUUCACCAGAGGAGAGGGGCUGCUGAAAACAACGCUAGAUCUUUUUCAUCAAGCUGAGGUUUUUUCUGAAGAGGGGCUCCAGCUGUGCUCAUCUCUCCGCACUUUUUCCACUCAGCUGGUUGAUGAGGAAAAGUCUGUGGUGAUGACAGAGAUGGAGAAACUGUUGGCAUUAUGCCAAAAGCUGCAGAUGGGGGCCAAAACUCCUGUACAGGGGAAGACUGCCACCUUCCAGAAGGUGGAAUCAUCCAUUCAGAUAACCAGAGGUGUCUUGACUGUGGUCCUCUCCCUCCUUUCAUUCUGCAAUAAGCUGAAUAAAAAGCACAAGUCAGAGAGGAGUAGCCUGGGUUCCCCGCAGGACUGGAGAGAGAGGCCGGAUGAGUCAACACCUGUCAAAGAGGAGGGAGCUCUCAACAGCAAGAACAGCAACGGCUUUGGCGUCAAAUCCUUGGAGCAGCACAUGGCCGGUCUCAAUCUCCUGGAGAGCAAAUAAUCCAGGAAACAGUCACCUCCUUUGUCCACUAUUCUCCCUUGGAGCAGCACAUAGCCAACCUCACCUUUCUGGAGAACAUGUAAAAUCCAGGAAAUACUUCACUCCCCUCAUCCUCAAGCACCCACCAGAGAGUGGGCUAGAGCAGUGUGGUGAAUAUGGUUGCCUCAGGUCAGUCAAAGUUUGUAUUUGCUGUCUGAAUGAUGGUUUACAAAGGAAAAAGCAGAUCCAAGCUCGCUGUGCCCAGGGGCAGUUUUAACCCAGGGUAGCUUGUUACCUGAAGCACCAGUUCCACCCCAGCCCACAAAAUGGAGACAAUCAGCCAACACUAUGAGUUUGCCAUUUGCAGUGAGCGAGGGGGCCUGACACAUGCCUGAUUUUGGAGUCACUUUUAUCAAGUCUCUGAAUACUGAGUUGAUAAACUGAUCAGAAAUCAGGAAAGAACUCCUCUUAAUGCUCAUCUUAGCCAUACAUCUGUCUUCACUGUGUGCCUCUGUGUAACUAGCCUAUUUGCUUUGUGGUGUACUGUAUACAGUGUACGUACGUGUUGCACAUAUUAGCCAAAUGGGGGGUGAAAAAAGUUAAAUGGCAGAAAACCCACCAUGCAUGAUGCCAUCAUCACCAAACCCUUGUGUUUGAGUCUCUUAUGUAUCAUAGGUUUGUAAUGUUAACACUGUAAUAUUAGAUGUAGUGGUAUUGAUCAAUGGCAUUGUAGUCAUCUCACUUGGAUAAAUAAGUAUUUUAAAAGUCAACCACUCCAUAUGAUGAAUGACUACUUUCCAUACAGUUUGCCAUGGAAUCCUAGUAACAAAAUCACAAUUUAAUGCCAAAUAUGAUUGUCUUCAUGAAGACGCUGUGAUCUUCAGCUUGCUUCUAGUGUGAAAUAUAAAGCUCUUACACCUCCAGUGCACAUCACAGGAGACUUACUUUUAUUUGGGCCUGGUUUUUCCAAAAAAAAAGUCAAUUGAU